AUGACCUUACCAAAGUUGCAAUGGGCCCAAGUGGUCGAGGGAAAGGGCGGACCACUCGUCUACAAGCAAAUCCCAGUCCCCAAACCCGGCCCCGACGAAGUCCUCGUCAACAUCAAAUACUCCGGCGUCUGCCACACAGACUUGCACGCCCUAAAGGGUGAUUGGCCGCUGCCUACAAAGAUCCCGUUCGUGGGCGGCCACGAAGGUGCAGGUGUCGUCGUGGCUAAGGGCGAAUUGGUGAACGACUGGGAGAUUGGUGAUCAUGCCGGCAUAAAAUGGUUGAAUGGUUCUUGUCUCGAUUGCGAAUUUUGUAAGAGUGCGAAUGAGGCGGUGUGUCCCGAUGCCUUGUUGUCUGGGUAUACGGUCGACGGCACGUUCCAACAGUAUGUCAUUGGAAAGGCGGCGCAUACAACCAAGAUCCCGAAACACGUUCCGCUAGAUGCUGUUGCCCCGGUGCUUUGUGCGGGUGUCACCGUUUACAAGGGACUGAAGGAGUCGGGAGCUCGGCCCGGCCAGACCGUGGCUAUUGUUGGAGCCGGUGGUGGUUUGGGAUCCUUGGCCCAGCAGUAUGCCAAGGCGAUGGGACUUCGUGUGAUUGCCAUUGAUGGCGGCGAUGAGAAGAAGGCAUUAUGCGAGAGCAUGGGCGCAGAGGCAUACGUCGACUACACAAAAUCCAAAGAUGUCGUGGCAGACGUCAAAGCAGCAACACCCGGAGGACUAGGUGCUCACGCCGUCCUCGUCCUAGCUGUAGCUGAAAAGCCAUUCCAACAGGCAACGGAAUAUGUCCGACCUCGAGGAACAGUCGUCGCCAUUGGUCUACCUGCAGGCGCGUUUCUCAAAGCCGCCGUGUUCAGUACCGUGGUACGCAUGAUCAACAUCAAGGGCAGCUACGUCGGUGGACGAUUGGACAGUGAGGAAUGUGUAGAUUUUUUCGCAAGAGGGUUGAUUAAAGCUCCGUACAAGAUUGCACCGCUGAAAGACCUUCCUAAAAUUUUCGAUUUGAUGGAGCAAGGCAAAGUUGUGGGACGAUACGUGCUCCAAAUCCCGGAGUAA